AUGGCAGUGUAUAAGCUGAAUGUGGAAUUGCCGCCAGAGAGGAGGAGCACUUUUGGUGUCGGGUUUAAUUCCUCAGGUCGCACAGAGCAGCAACAAGCAGGUAAUUUUGAUAUGCAAGAUUCACGGAAGGUGACAAUGGAGAUGGAGAUUUCCUUGGUCCAUGAAGAAAUUGGUGGGAACUCCUCUUCAUUCCCUUCUUCGAAUUCUUCAAACGAAAUUGAGCUUCAAAACUUCUCUCGAGCCGGUUUUGUUGGGAAACCUCCAGGGGGCAAGCACCGGAAGCAAUAUCUUCCUUGUCCAGUUGAAUUUGCAGAGGCGGUGGAUUAUUUCAUGGAACCAGAUUUAGUGAGGAAUUUUACGCAAUUUUCAUUAGGGUACGUGAAUAGUGAGGAGAGACCUCCAGCAAUGAAUUCUAGUAGGUCGGGAUUUAGAGGACAUCAGACCAUGGAGCAAAGAGAGAAUUCCUUCUAUGCUAGCAAUCAAACCCUUCAUUGUGGAUUUGUAAAAGGACCUCCUGGAUCUCCGAGCACCGGGUUUGAUUUGGAUGACAAUGACAAAGCGUACAUGAGAAAAUGUAUAGUUGCUGUAUCCUCCUGUAUUUUUGGCAGCUCUGAUUUCCUGAGAAGGCCUGCUAGCAAAAAUAUGAGUGAGUUUGCAAAGGAAAACGUUUGUUUUGUCAUGUUUGUGGAUGACCAAACACUUGAGAAAAUAUCUUCCGAGGGAAAUAAACCUGACGAUCGAGGAUAUGUUGGUCUAUGGAAAGUAGUAGUUGUGAAAAACUUGCCAUACUCAGACAUGAGAAGAACCGGGAAGGUGCCAAAAUUCUUGUCGCAUCGCCUCUUCCCUUCUUCUUGCUACUCAAUUUGGGUAGAUAGCAAGUUGCGACUUGUUGUGGAUCCGAUGCAUAUCAUUGAACACUUCUUGUGGAGAAAUAAAUCAGAGUUUGCUAUCUCAAAACAUUAUGAUCGUCAGUGUGUAUGGGAAGAGGUACUCCAGAACAAGCGCCUUAACAAAUAUAGCCAUCGGGAAAUAGAUAGACAGUUCUACUUUUAUCGGUCUGAUGGUCUCACCAAGUUUGACACUUUAGGCCCAAAUACUCCUCUCCCGAGUUAUGUGCCUGAAGGUUCAUUUAUUAUCAGGGCUCACACGCCAAUGUCAAAUUUGUUUUCGUGUCUGUGGUUCAAUGAGGUUGAACGAUUCACUUCUCGUGAUCAACUCAGCUUUGCAUACACUUACUUGAAACUUAGGAGAUCCAAUCCAGAUAAGCCAUUUUAUCUCAACAUGUUUGAGGAUUGUGAACGGAGAACCCUAGCAAAGUUGUUCGGGCACAGGGUGCUGCAACCCCCACCUACAACUGGCCCUUGA